AUGUGCUGUCGCGCUUGCUGUUACCGAGGCCCUCCCCGCAUCACACCAAAACACAUUGCACCAGACCACAUCACAUGGUACCGCGUCGUGCCCAAUCUACAGGAGCUAGGUGGCCUUAACAACACCGCCACUGGACCGCGCUUGCUCUCAUCGCUGCAAAGCGUUAGCAACUCUGCUACCCAGGCAGCUGAGUUCGGCCUUCGUCUGCACCUGGACCUUCAUCUCCAACUUCGAGCACACACAGACAUCCAGCCUAAACAGAAUCGCAGUGUUGACGCUUCGCCGUGUGGAGUGAAAGACUGUAGUUAUAUCGAUUGGGAACUCUCCGCCCAACAGCAUGUAUUGCUUAUGCGUUGGAAUUCCAUCGGUCCGCUCACAGAUGGCCGACGUCUCGAGAACGCUACGUCCCAUCCCGAUGCUUUACCAAACAUUUUCCAAUUCAACCGUAUUCGACAACGAACACUUUUAGGACUAAGUCUGAACUCUCAGAACAAACGCCCCGUCCGGCUACUGCGACGUUGUUGCGGAAAUAACACCGACAUACCCGAUAGCAUGUCGCACCAGCGACUAUACCAGAUGCCCGCCAAACAGGGGCCGUCGACUACUGGCAAGGGCAUGCCUACUGCAAAUGCCUAG